UCAAACAAUCAUGUUAUUUUCCGAAAUCCUAGGAAACAAAACUAUAUGAUGAGAUGAACGUUCAUGCAGCAAACUGUACAAAAAGUUGCUUUCAUUUAAGCUGCUUAAAGCUGCAUGCCUUGAAGAUUUGUGCACGGUUGAAGAAUUGCCCCAAAUAAACGUCACUUCUUACAUUCUCAGUUACCACUUUAGAUGCGGUCUUCUUACAUAUUACUCCCUUAACCACUUCAGAUCAUAUAAAUUCACUUUCACGUCUCUGAGAAUAUCCUGUGGGUCGCACCCGCGUAAGAGGCCUUGCACGACGUUAGUACGCAACUGCAGCCAAGUCUGUGCACCGUGAAAUGGUGAAGUGGGUUCGUUAGCAAACGGCAGCUUGGUCUAAGUGGGCCAGGCCUGGUCGUCGGUUUCGCGACGGUGUUGGUUACCUACCUGGACAAUGGAUCAACAGCAGCCAUACUUGUCAGGCGAAAAUACAACUCCCUCUGGACUGCACCCGCACCAGGGCGGGCCUGACCCAUAUCUGCAAGCCAAUGCCUAUCCAGGCCAAGAUGCCCAUCUUCAGCAACCGCCACUGGCAGCUGAGAAUCAGUGGUCAAGUGCGAUGAACCAAGAGCAACAGCCUAGCACGUCGGAACUGCCUCAGCAAGGUCCAGUGCCGUACCCGUUGGCUGGGCCACCUAACCCCGAACAGGGGCAGCAGCUGGCGAGCAGCAGUGGGGCGCCGCUGCUAUCACCGCAGCAGCUGUCAGAUGCUGUGGCUGGGGGGAGUACUGCGCGGGGCAACAUUAGACGCCUUUUUGGAGCUAGUGCCACGCCCCAGGCGCCUCCUCAACCGACUCAGCAACAGGCGCAGCAGCAGCCCGGAGACUACCAGCAGCAGCAGCCCGUGGCGGGUGCUGGCACCACGUCUCCAGAGCGCCGGGGCCUGCUCGGCUUGUUUGGCCGCAGCAACACUGGCGGCCCGCCGCAGCAAACGCCGCAGCAGCAGGGAGCCGCCCCUCCGGAUCAGGCGGCCGCUGCAACUCACCAGCCCGCCUCGCCACAGCAGCCGCUGCUUGGGGCCGCUUCGUCGCAGCAACAGGCGCUGGGAACGGUGCCGGUGGUGCCGCCGCCCUCAGGCCUGUGCUCCCGGCCGGCUCCGCCGGUGGACGAGGUGGCCCGGCUGCAGUCCUCGCCCCUGGCUGCCAGCAAGUUCCAGUCGCUCAACUCACCGCCCGUGAGGGGCUCCGCCUCGCCGCAGGGGGCGCCGCUGCCGGGGGGCGCCCAGGCGAGGGGCAAUCCCGGCCUCGCCGUGGACCCCGCCUACAGCGGCCCGCCGCCCCUGCACGACCGGUACGGCCCCUACCUGCGGCUCGCCGGCUACAACCCCGCCACCCGCGACUACUGGCUGUCCGUGAUGAUGGUGGUGCACCAGAGCCGCAGCCCCCGGCCGCCGCUCCUCAAGUACACCCGCAGCGACUCGUUCCACCGCCAGCGCGACGAGGUGGAGGCGCAGCGGCUGUCGUCCUACGCCGGCUACAACUUCUGGCGCUGGGACCUGCACCUGCAGCUGGGCCCCGCGCCCGCCCUGGUGGAGUACCACGUGGUGUGCAGCGCCGACCACUUCUUCACCGCCCACCCGCGCCACCACUUCCACCUGCCCUCCGCCGGCCAGGAGUGGCACUGGGGCUUCUACAGCUGCAACGGCUUCCACGACCCCGUCCAGGAGUUCGAGAUGCGCGGCAUCCAGCCGCUGUGGCGCGACGUGCUGCACAUGCACCGGCGCAACCCGCUGCACGUCAUGUUCGGGGGCGGGGACCAGCUGUACUGCGAUGACGUGUGGAAGGUGCCCAGCCUGCAGCAGUGGACCAGCAUCCGCGACAAGCCCAGCCGCAACGCGCACCCCUUCAGUCAAAACAUGGUCAACGAGUCCUUCGACUUCUACUUCCGCAACUACACCACCCACUUCGGCAAGGAGGAGUUCCGGGACGCGCUGGCGUGCAUACCGCAGGUGAUGCUGUGGGACGACCAUGACAUCUUCGACGGCUGGGGCUCCUACCCUCCCGAGCUGCAGAACUGCGCCGUGUUCGCGGGGGUGUACUUCGUGGCGCGCAAGUUCUACCUGCUGUUCCAGUGCCACGCCACGGAGGACACACACAGGGAGCUCAACAAGGGUUGGGGUCUGACGGGGCUGUCCUGGACUCGCCUGCUGGGCGGCAGCACGGCGGUGGUGGGGCUGGACAGCCGCGGGGAGCGCACGCGGGCGCAGGUGGUGCGGCCCGCCAGCUGGGCGGCGUUCCAGGAGCAGGUUGCCCAGCUGCCCGCCGGGGUGCGGCACGUGGUGGUGGUGGCCACCGUGCCGCUCAUCUACCCCAGCAUCCCGGGAGUGGAGGAGGCAAUGUUGGCGCUGGCGGGCACGGGGCUGAUGGCCAACGCGCUGACCGCCUUCCUGCAGAAGACCGGCCUCUCCACCCAGAUUAUAAGCCAGUUCGGCGAGCCCGAGCUGCUAGACGACCUGCUGGACCACUGGUCCUCCCCAAGCCACGAGGUGGAGAAGUACUGCCUGGUGCGCAUGAUGCAGGACCUGGCGGCGGCUCGCGGCUUCCGCUUCACGCUGCUGUGCGGCGAUGUGCACUGCGCGGGUGUGGGCUGCUUCCAGACCAUGCCCAAGAUCAACCUCAAGAUGGACCACCGGUACAUCCCGCAGGUCAUCAGCUCCGCCAUCGGCAACGCGCCGCCGCCCGACGGCGUCAUCCGGGCGCUGUCCGCCAGCAACAAGGUCAAGAUGCUGGACGCGGUCACCCGGGAGAAGAUGAGCUGCAUCUUUGAGAACGGCACGCUGCUCAAGGCCGCCCGCAACUGGUGCGACGUGAGCACCCGCCUCUCCGACGGCGCGCUGCUGUUCCAGCUGCGAGUGGAGCACCCGCUGCACCGGGAGGUGCACCCUGCCACCUACGACAUCGCCGUACCGCUGCUGGAGUUGCCGCCGGGGCAGUACAGCCGGGGGCCGCUGGCGCCAGCGCAGCUGCCCCCGCUGCCGCAGCCGCUCCUGGUCAAAUUCCAUUCCGAGUUCGUGGCAGCUGGCGUGGGGCUUGAGGCGGCCCAGCCCCUACCCCCGCAGCCAGGCGGGGGAGAGGCGCAGGGCCAGAUGCAGGGCCAGGUGCAGGGCCAGGUGCACGCGCAUGCGGUAGAGGAACAGCAGCCGCAGCUACCGCCACCGGCACCAAUACCGUCGCCCCCGCAGGAGCAGGGCUUCGGUCUACAGAGCGAUGUUGAGCAGCACGAUCAGCAGGCGCAGCAACAGCAGCAGCAGCAGCAGCUGGCACCACCGCCGCCACCGCCGGCAGAGCUGCCCCCGAUGACAGCCACUGGGUCCUUUCCGGCAAUACCGCCCUCGCCCUCCAACCUGAGCUUGCAGCCGCUGACGCUGCAGAGCCCCUACGAGCAGCCCCUGCAGGCCCCGGCGUCGUUUGCGGCGCCAGCGGCUGCUGCCGCGCCACCUACCUCGCCACCAGCGGCAGUAGCGCCGCCCGCCUACCCGUACGGCGGCGUUCAGGCGGCCUCCUACGGCUAUGGGGCUGCUGCUGUUUAUUCGUCCGGCAGCUUUGGGUACGGUUCAGGCCACAUGCCGCAGGGGGGGUACCCAGCGCCACCGCAGGGGCCUCCCCCAGCGCAUCUACCGCCCAUGCAGCCGCUGCAGUACCCACCGCAAGUCCCCGCUGGCCCCUACCCGCAGUAUCCGGCUCCUGCUUUGGGUCCGGUGCCCGGCCCCUACAGCGUUCCACCUGCAACAAGUCAUCCGCAGUUUGGGGCACCGCCGUACCCAGCCCACGCCGGAAGCUUCGCCAACCCGCUUCCACCACCACCGCCACCGUACGGAGCCCCAGCGUACCCGCCUACUUAUACUGGAGCACAAGGGUACUAAGUGAGGAUCACGUUGUCAGUGACGCGUGCACAACAAGAUGGGUUCCGAACGACACUAACGUCCCUGGAGAGCUCAAAAUGAAAUCAACUUAAGUGAAUACUAUCUUGCGCAGCUGAACGAACAUGCAAGCUGAGAGGACAUCAACCUACCCUUGGAUCUUAAACUGGCUGUUAUGAAUCCGUUGUCCUCUUUGCUAGUGUAUACGUCAGCAUAAUUCCUAGUUCGACACGUAUGCAUGAUGUUUGGGACUUACACUGCCAGACAAAUGCGUGCGUGUUGCAUCUUGCUGGAGUGUAAUGUAUAGGAAAUUAUGGUGUAUCAUCCUGCAGCACCUUGAUUGUUGACCACUGUCAUGGCUUGUGACGCUGUGUAUUACAACUCGGAAUGUUGUAACGCUGGACAAUCUCACCCUCAUCUCGUUACAAUACCCUUACCCGACAAAGGGGUCUACGAGUCACACCGGCAUAGGGACCGAAGUUCAAUAGAAAGAAGACUAAUUGUAUUUUUGGUCUUGCAUGUCAUGUGGACAUGCAGCCAAGCAAAGUACAUAAGCAGACGAAAAAGAAUUCUAAGUCAAAUGUACGACUGCGGGCACACGAGUAUACACACACCGCAGAUGUAAUACAUCAAGGGUUCA